AAAGAAUUUUGCUUUUCGCAUUCAUCGAAUCCUUUUGGCAUUUCGCUCGUGCUCUUAGACCACCUACAAGUUUUGUGCCAAUUUCAUUUAUAAAUACAGGUACCCCAUCCCUCCUCCCGCACCACCAUUCCAUUGCAAGUACUUAGAAAAUUUGAGCACUCUGUCCCCUCUCUUCCUCUCUCUCUCUCUCUCUCCCCCCUAUUCUUCCUCUUUAACCCAUGAGAGAAGGACUGGUCAGUCCAGUAUCAAGAUCGAGAAGUCUAACAGCAGCCGAUGAUGGAGAGCCCGGAUCUUUCGCCGCCGCAUGUCGACGCCUCCAGGCCUUCGCUGGGGUUCCCUCUGGGCACUGCCCUGCUCCUCAUCAUCAUCUUCAGCCUCAGUGGGAUCUUCUCCUGCUGCUACCACUGGGACAAGCUCCGGUCCCUCCGCCGUUCCUACUCCGAUGAAGCUGAUCCCGAGUACGACCCCGAGCAGCCUCCAUCGAAGCCUAUAGCCGCAAACUUGGAUUUGCAUAAGGAAGAUGGCCAGAGUUUGCCAGUGCUAAUGCCGGGGGACGUGGUCCCGAAGUUCAUCGCGCUGCCAUGCCCGUGCGAGCCGCUGAAAGAGGAGAAGUUGGCCCCGACAGCUCCGAAGCCGCCUCCUAAGCUUCCUCGAAUAGCUGUCCCUCUGUACUAGCAGAAAUUCAGUGUCUGUAUAUAUCAUAUCAUAUCAUAUAUUUAACAUGAGAUCGAACCAAAUUAAUCGUUUAGUCGAGAUUCGUAGCGAUUUCUUGUCCAUUUGAGAUUGAUUUCUUGUGCUUCUUGGGAGUUGACACGCAUGGACUCUUUGAGAUUCUGAAACUGUAUAUCGUGACCAAAUGGAGUCCGCAGUUUCCAUUUCUGAGAAAGAUUAUAUGAUGAUAUGGUGAAAUUUCAGAAAGCCACAUUAAUGAUUUGUGUA